AUGACACUUUUAUGGAAAAAAAUAGAAGAAGCAGACACUCCAUUAUAUCCACAAUGCACUAAAUAUACUAAGUUAUCGUCAAUUGUUGCAUUGUAUAAGGUUAAAACUACCAAUGGAUGGUCUGACAAAAGUUUUGAUGAAUUGUUAAGACUUUUGAAUGAUAUGUUUCCUUUAGAUAAUAUGAUCCCCAAGUCUAUGUAUGAGGUUCGAAAAUUUCUUCGAUUAUUUGAUUUAGGAUAUGAAAAGAUUCAUGCGUGUGUUAAUGAUUGUUGUUUGUUUAGAAAAGAUAAAGAAAACUUGCAAGAAUGUCCAACAUGUGGAACCUCACGUUGGAUGUCAGAUAAGCUGACUAAAAAGGUUCGACAUGGUGUCCCAGCAAAAGUUUUGAGGUACUUUCCUAUAAUCCCUAGGUUGAAACGGAUGUUCAUGUCUAAAAGAAUUUCAAAGGAAUUAAGAUGGCAUCACAACAAUAAAAGUUGCGAUGGAAAAAUGCGUCACCCAGUGGAUUCAGCAGCAUGGGAGCUAGUCAAUGAUAAAUGGCCAUCAUUUUCAAAUGAAGAGAGAAAUAUUAGACUUGGCCUUUCCACAGAUGGAUUUAACCCAUUUAGUAAUUUAAGUUCUAAGUAUAGUGUUUGGCCUGUUUUGUUGCCUGGGAAUGAUAUUGAUAUAUACUUAGAACCCCUCGUAGAGGACUUGAAAUUAUUAUGGAAUGAGGGUGUUGAUGCUCAUGAUGCAUUGGACAAUACAAAUUUCAAGUUGCGGGCUAUUUUGAUGUGGACAAUCCAAGAUUUUCCAGCAUACGGGAACCUUGCUGGUUGUAAAAAUAAGGGAUGUUUUAGUUGUCCCCUAUGUGGUUAUGGUACUCAUUCAGAGUGGCUAAAACAUAGUGGGAAGUUUUCAUAUCGAGGUCAUCGGAAAUUUCUUAAAGAAGACCAUCCAUUUCGGAGUAAAAGAAGUUGGUUUGAUGGAGAAGUUGAGCAUGGAAAUCCCCCAAGAAUCAUGAAUGGGACUACAAUUGCUGAACACCUUAAAGAUUUUGUGAAUGUUUCGGGAAAAUCCACUUCAAAGAAAAGGAAACAAAAUGAUUCAAAAGAAAUGUGGAAAAAACGAUCCAUAUUUUUUCAGUUACCUUAUUGGAAGAAAAAUGUUUGUGAAAGCAUCUGUAAUACAUUGCUAGAUGUUGCUGGAAAAAGUAAAGAUGGACUAAAAGCUCGCUUGGAUUUGCAACAUAUGGGUAUUAGGAGUGCAUUACACCCACAAGAGAAGGGGACUAGAACCUAUCUUCCUGCAGCUUUACACACACUAUCAAAGCUUGAGAAAGAAUUAUUUUGUAAAAGGUUGUUCUCAUUGAAAGUACCUAAUGGAUAUAGUUCAAAUAUUCGAAAUUGUGUUUCAAUGGAACAAUGCAAGCUCAUGGGCCUUAAGUCACAUGAUUGCCACAUUUUGAUGCAACAAUUACUACCGGUGGCUAUAAAAGGAUUGAUGCCAUUGGGUCCAAGAGAUGCUAUAAUAAGAUUAUGCACGUUCUUUAAUCGAAUAUGUCAACGUGUUCUUGAUAGAGAAAGCAUAAUGACAUUAGAAAAUGAUGUUAUUGAAACUUUAUGA